AUGGCUGGCCGUGUGCUGUUGGUGUGUGCCCUCUGCGUGCUGUGCUGCUGCUGCGGCGGUGUCGGUGCGUGGGGCGACGGCUACUGCACGGAGAGUGACUGGAGGGACUUGAGGGCGGUUGCGAGGGACAUGAGCGAGGCGGAGAUUGAGGGGCAGUACUGCGGCCGCAAGCCGGAGUUUGUGCAGCGGCUGCGGGCGGGUCUGCAGGCGUCUGGAGAUCAAAGUGAGUCUCAUACUGAGCAGGGGGACAGCGAAAAAGAGUGUGGCAGUGAUGCUCCCAGAGGGCCCAAAGGAGAUUGCGGUGGUGGUGUGUCUACGGAUCAAAUUAAUGGCAGAAGUGAGUCAAGCAAUGAGGGAGAGGUGGGAAAACCAAACUCCACUGAGGUUCAGGGGAAUCUUGGAAAGGCAUCGCCAUCACCCCCAUCACCACAAGUG